AUGUUAUUUUACAAUCCAUGGUUUGCUGUGAAUAGCCGUGGCGAAAUUAUUGUAAUAGAUGAAGAGAAAAUCACGGUUAUUUACAGCACAGGUGAAAGCAAGGAUGUUAUGUUUCCCGAUCCCACAGAAAAUAACGUUAUUGAUCAAUGCAGAAUGGAUGUUGCUGUUGAUAGCAAUGACAAUGUGUAUGCUGUAAGAUGGCUUAAUAAGAGACGUGAUAAGAAUGGCAGUGAUAAGAAAGAUUUUGAGUUGUGCGCUUAUGACAAAAAUUACAACAUCAAGCAUGUCUCCGUAUUGGAUUUCCUUGGUGGAGAUUUUGGACAUGUGAAAAUUACUGUUGACAAAAACCAAAACCUUAUAAUCAUGCUCACAAAUUGGAAUGACCAGGUGUAUAUCUGUGAAACCACAGGAAAGUUGAAAUAUCAGUUUAAACGAGAUGAAGAUUACUUACGCAGCUUGAGUAUUUCUAACAACAAGGGCAUCAUGAUAGAAUCAGAUGAUCUCGACGCUGUUCAAAUACGCUCAACAGAAGGUAAUUUAAAAUCCAUAAUAACAGUACUAAAAUGUCAUGAAGCCCAUGAGGUGGUGCGCUCUCAGAAGGGUCGUAAUGGUCCUACGCUUUGUAGCAAUCAGUUGAAUAAAAGAUUUUUGCCACCCAAGAUGACGGACUGCUUUGUCCAUAAUUCAAUUUUAUUAAACAAUCCUUAGAAAAAUUACAACAAUGUUAUAUUAAAGACAUUGCAGUACGUAUAAGUGUUUCAUAA